AUGCCAGGCUCGCUCGCAGAUUACCUAGCAAAGAACUACCUCACAGCCGAUCCGGCAACCGAGCGCCCAAAGAAGAAGCGCAAGAAGACCAAGGCAGUCGACACAGCCGGCUCAGGCCUCAUCAUCGCAGACGAUGACCCACCCGACAUCCGCGCCUCAUUAGGCAAAAGUAACGAAGACGACGAAGACAGCCCCUACAUUGAGCGAAGCGCGAAGAGUGCUGAAUUCCGCCGUGCAAAACAAUCCAGCUGGAAAACCAUCGGCGGCCCAGGACCAGGCGACACAAGCGAACAAGCAGCCGCAGACGCAAUCCUCGCCUCAGCAGCAGCCGAGCAAACAGCCCUACAAGACGCCGAAGAAGAUGAAGGCCCGACAAUCGAAGGAGAAGGGGACGAUGAAGGCGGCGCGCGAAUGGAAUCCGGAGCUCGAGGCGGUCUCCAAACAGCAGCACAGACCGCGGCGAUGGUAAAAGCACAAGAAAAACGGCGCAAGGCCGAGGAAGCCCUCUUCCGCGAUCCAAGCGCCUCAAAGGAAAAGACACAGGAGACAAUUUACCGAGACGCGUCCGGCCGAAUCAUCAACGUCGCAAUGAAACGCGCUGAAGCCCGUCGCGCCGAGGAGGAAAAGCGCGAGAAGGAAGAACAAGCGCGCGAGGCCCUCAUGGGUGAUGUUCAGCGACAGCAGCGUGAAGAGCGCAGGCAGGAACUUCAGGAUGUGAAGUCAAUGCCUGUGGCGCGGACGAUUGAUGACGAUAAUAUGAAUGACGAGCUACGGGCCCGAGAGCGCUGGAAUGAUCCUGCGGCAGAGUUCCUUACAUCAAAGCCUGCGGCUGGGUCUAGUGUCUCUGGGAAACCGUUGUAUCGCGGUGCUUUCCAGCCAAAUCGUUAUGGUAUUCGGCCUGGGCAUCGGUGGGAUGGGGUGGAUCGUGCUAUUGGGUUUGAGAAGGAGUGGUUUACGGCGAGGAAUAAGAAGAGUCGAUUUGAGGCUUUGGAAUAUCAGUGGCAGAUGGAUGAAUAG